AUGAAACUGAUGACGAAGAAAAUUAUGAAGCAGAAUGCUUAUUUUGUACAAGACUUUAUUCUUCAGAUGUACAUGGUGAACAAUGAGUUCAGUGUCGAGUACAGGCCCUGCGUUGUUCCCGGAAGUGCAUGGGAAUUGAUGCGGGAAUUCCUGCAAGGCUUUCUCGGACCUACUGUGUCCAAUCAAGCUCCACAAUAUUUGCAGAACCGGAUGAAUGAUAUCUAUCAACCUCUGGAUACUAUACAACAGUAUUUGGAACACUUCGGUCAGUACCGAAAAGCUACGGGUGUGAUUUAA